AUGUUGCGCAAAUUAUAUGAUGAAGAACAAAUAGAGGAAGAUAAAUUUGAAGAAGAGGAGGAAGAAGAUUCCGGUCCCAUCUACGACACCGAUGGAGAAGGGGAAUUUUGUGAAAGAAUAAAUUUCUUGGAUGAAGAGGAAUUUAUUGAAGAAAUUGAAGAAGAAACUAAUUUCGUGAUCGGAGAUGAAUUUGUUGAAGCAAUUGUGGAAGAAAUCAAAUUUGUUGAUAUGGACAAAAUUGUUGAAGAAAUUGUGAUUUUUGUUGAACAACAAAUUUCAUUCCAAGAGCUUACAACCACGAGAACAAAUGACUAUAAGUAUCACAAAAAUUCAGGUUCUCAUAUCUUUCAUGAACAUAAUUUCUUUUCUAAAGAUCUUAAAGAAAUCCAAAUUGGAAGCUUCAUUGAUCAAGAAGGUUUAUUCGUUUUUCAUCUUCAUUUUCGUUUCAAAGUGUGGGAGAUUUUUACACUUUGGAGGCCAUGGAAUGCUUAUAUUUUGCAUUUUGAAGGCCUUGGUGAGAGGGCCGAGUUCAUGGGAAUGUAUGGAAGUGGUUUUUCAUCCACAAAUGAAGAUACGGUUAGGAUUGAAUUUGGCGAGUUAUUUGAGUUAUUUGAAGAAGAACAUGUGUAUGUGGAGAAAAGACCAAGUUGA